AUGGUGGUUCGCUCUGCUCUCUCUCUAUCUUCUCGAAUGCAUCAGCAAGCUCCCACAGCCGGCAUCAUUUUCCAUUGGUUCCGUGGAACAGAUCUGCGGCUUCAUGACAACCCGGCCUUGGAAAGGGCCGCAUCGCUUUGUUCCCAGACGAAAUCCAACCUAGUUCCAGUCUUUUGCUUCGAUCCAAGAUACUACGGCGAGAGUGCGACAUCAGAGUUUGGUUCCCUAAAGUGCGGGCCAAAACGUGCCAAGUUUGUCCUCGAGAGCGUACUUGACCUACGAAAAUCCCUCAAAGCAAAUGGAUCCGAAUUGCUGGUUGCAUGUGCCCGACCUGAAGACUUCCUUGCCGAAUUAGAAACCAUCGUUAAGGACCGUCGCACAAAGGUUGUAUUCCAGGACGAGGUGUGUACCGAGGAACGAGCCAUUGAAUUCAGGGUGUCAAAGAUUUUUGGGUCUAAAGACAAAGUUUGGGGUUCUACACUAUACCAACUCGAUGAAAUUCCGUACGAGGAGGAUCUACAUGACCUUCCAGAUUCCUUUACACCAUUCAGAAACAAGGUGGAGAAGAAGUGCACUAUUCACAAACCACUUCAAGUGCCAAAUGACUUGUCGAUGCCAUCUCUUGAUGGAUUGGAUUUGUUCAAAAAGCAUGCUGGAUUCAUCCCUACGCUUGAAGAUCUUGGCUACACAAAAGAACAAGUCAAAUUCGCAGAAGAGGACGAUCCUCGAGGGGUCUUGCCAUUCAAAGGAGGAGAAACGGCCGCCUUGGCACGAGUCAAGGAAUACAUCUGGGACAAGGACCUUCUCCGAAAGUACUUUGACACGCGAAAUGGAAUGAUUGGUGGAGACUACUCGACAAAGUUUGCUCCAUGGCUUGCUCAUGGUUGUCUAUCUCCCCGAUAUGUCGCCGAUGAAUGCAAGAAGUACGAAGAUCAACGUAUUGCCAACAAGUCCACCUACUGGGUUGUCUUUGAAUUGUUAUGGAGAGACUACUUCAAGUUUUUCGCUCUCAAGCAUGGUGCCUCCAUGUUCUUCCCCGGUGGUAUCAUUAAUAGCGACAAACCUUGGAAGCAUUAUCCAAAGAAUGUACAAGCUUGGAUCGAAGGUAAAACUGGUUUUCCACUGGUCGAUGCCAACAUGCGCGAGCUUGCAGCAACUGGCUUCAUGUCGAAUCGUGGAAGGCAGAACGUAGCCUCCUUCCUUGCAUUGGAGCUCAACCAAGAUUGGAGAUACGGUGCCGACUACUUUGAAAGUGUCCUUUUGGAUUAUGACGUACAUAGUAACUGGGGAAACUGGUGCGCUGCUGCUGGAAUGACUGGAGGAAGACUGAAUCGCUUCAACAUUGUGAAGCAGAGUAAGGAUUACGAUCAACAUGGUGAAUAUGUCCGACAUUGGCUCCCAGAAUUGAAAGACGUACCAACUCAGUUUGUCCAUGAGCCAUGGAAAAUGAGUCAAUUCCACCAAACUCAGUACAACUGCAGACUAGGUGUCGAUUAUCCCAACCCCAUUGCCCAACCUUAUUACCCCAAACCAAAGUCCGGCGGUGGAAGCAAGAACGACAGACGGAAUGGUGGAGGACGCGGAGGGGGAAAGAACAACCGUGGUGGAAAGAAUCCCAACCGUGGUCGAGGCCAACGGCAGGACAUGAAGAGCCUCAAGGCUGGACAGAUUAGAAUGGAUUAA